AUGAAUUCAAACAUUGAUAACAAUAUUAUGUCAUCAAUGAAAACAUUUGGUUCUCCAUUCGACAGUAUUGAUUCUAUAGUUAAUUUUUUACGAGAACCUUCGCCACCCGAAGUAGUUUUAUCAUCAACUACUUCAUCAACAAUAGAUUCUACUAAAGUAAAUCGUGAAUUAAAGUCAACAAAAGGACGAAAAAAGGAAAAAAGACAAGCGAAUGUCAUGAAUGCUACACAAAUAAAUUCAAAGGAACCGAUAGAAAUAUUGCCUUCAGGUCGUGUCAGAUACGGUCCAAUAACUGUUAAUCCUCGUAAACAACCAUCAAAAACAUUAUUUACAGGUCGUCGUUCGAAAUACGAAGUAUUAUCGAAUGAUGAAGAAGAAAGGCGUCGUGUAAGACGUGAACGUAACCGUCUUGCAGCAACGAAAUGUCGUGAAAAACGUGAAAAUGUUUUAGGUAAUCUUGAAAUUGAAUAUCAUAAAGAAGAAAAUAAAUAUAUAAAUAUUUUAAAAACAAUUGAACAAUUAAACGUAAAAAAACAACAUCUUGAAUCUAUGCUUUCAAAUCAUAUAGUAAAUUGUCAAUUACAACAAAUCAAUUCAACAACAACACCAUCACAACAACAACCACCAAUGGUUUUUGGUGAUAUAAACUUUCUUUCAUCAAUUGUUGAAACAUCACCACCACCACUUCGUUCUAAUCAAUUACAAAAUAUUCAAAAUGAUGAAGAAGAUAUUAAUAAUUUUCUUCAACCAGCAUCUUUAUUAACAAAUUCAGCUUAUAACGAUAAUCAAUCAAAUUAUUUAUUAAAUUCUGAACAACAAUCUCAACAACAAACAAUAACAAUGACUUCAAGUAGUCUCGAUCGGCUUAUGAAUGGUCUAAAUACGCCAGCACCAUAUAUUGAUAAUAAUAAUAAUACUUGUUCAGGUUUAUUCAAUUCAGCAUUUGGAUCAUCAACUUGUGCUCAACAACAUUCAAGUUCAAGUGAAGAUGAGUCAUUACCACCAGCUCAUAAAAAUCCUUUUGUAUGUUAA